AAAGCAUUCAAUUGGAUCACGGCGAAUACUUGUACGGAAAAGAACCAAUGAUCUACAUCGUAUAUCGUCUCGUUAAAAUUAUGUGUAUGUGCAGUCAGCUUUAGUUUAUGUUGUGUAGUAGUCAGGUAAGACCUUGAGGGAUGAGUGAUAAAAUCGUCGACUAUCGUUCGACGUAUUUUUUUUAUUUGGUGACUAGCAUACAUUAAAAGUUCAAAAUAGGUCCAAUAUUGAGCUGCAUGGGAUCGAACGUAUCUUUCGUACCGCCGAAUCGUAGAAUGGGUGAUAGGAUUAAUAAUUCUGACACGGAUACUGAUCCAGAUCCCGACAUAGCAACCAUUUUACAAUAUCUCAUCAGAAGUGGACAAGUAAGAAUUAUCACAGCCGAUUCUGAUUGUUUAUAUCAGGAAGAUUCAGAUGAUGAAUUUUGCAGCCCUCCACAAGCUGAUCCAAAUCCUGAUACAUCUCUUUUAGACGUCAGUGACUUGAGACAGACAAUUCUUUUACACUCAGGGACUUUUAAUAAAAAUGAUGAUUGGAAAAAAAGAAUUUCCCCAUCUUUAUAUUGUCUUCUUAAAAAAAGGGAAGUUGGGGUUCGAGAGCAUUUCACAAGAGGUGACUGUUGCCAAAUUAGUCAGAGAUUGCUGCCUAAUAAGAUGAUUCCUGUUGAACAAUAUCCAAGUAAAGCUUUUUGUGGAACAUAUGCCAGAGAUGGAGAACUCUUCAUGACUGCAUGUCAAGAUUGUAAUAUACGAUUGUAUGACACUAGAAGUGGUCAUUUCAAAUUAAUUAAAACAGUUCAAGCCAGAGACGUUGGCUGGAGUAUUUUAGAUACAGCCGUGAGUCCAGAUGGAAGAAACUUCAUAUAUUGCAGUUGGUCAGAGAGUAUACACAUAUGCAACAUAUAUGGUGAUCAUGAAAUGCAUGAAGCACUACCCCUUUGUCCAGAAGAUCGUCGAUUCUGUAUAUUUUCUCUUAGAUUUUCACAUGAUAGCAGAGAAAUCUUAGGCGGGGCAAAUGACGAAUGUCUUUAUGUAUAUGAUAGAGAACAUAAUCAAAGAACUUUAAAAAUUCGGUCGCAUGAAGAUGAUGUAAAUAGUGUUGCAUUUGCAGAUAGUACAUCUCAGAUUCUUUUUAGUGGAGGAGAUGAUGGUUUAUGCAAAGUUUGGGAUAGGAGAACUUUGAAUGAAUCACAUCCAAAGCCUGUUGGUAUACUUGCUGGUCAUUUGGAUGGAAUUACAUAUGUAGAUUCAAAGGGUGAUGGUCGUUAUCUUAUUACUAAUAGUAAAGAUCAAACCAUCAAAUUAUGGGAUAUGAGAGCUUUUUCACCUGCUCUUGGAGCUGAGGCUACAAAGAAAGCAGUUGCUUCACAUAAUUGGGAUUACAGAUGGCAGAGAGUACCUAAAAAAUUGUACAGUCAUAGAAAACGUAUUGGUGGGGAUACAUCUUUAAUGACAUAUCGAGGGCAUAGUGUAUUGCAAACUCUUGUUCGUUGCCAUUUUUCGCCAGAAUUUACUACAGGACAACAGUUUAUAUACACUGGUUGUGCUGCAGGACGUAUAGUCAUUUAUGAUGUAUUGACGGGAAAAAUUGUUUCUGAACUGAGUGGUCAUAGAGCAUGUGUCAGAGAUGUUUCUUGGCAUCCAUACAAUCAAGAAAUUAUCAGUAGUUCAUGGGAUGGAAGCAUUGGCAGAUGGAUUUAUGUUGGAAAAGUAGAUAGUGAUACUGAUGAUGGUGGUAAAUAUGAAACUGAUCAAGUUGAGAGAAAUGGAUUGAGGAGGUCAAGACGUCUUGCUGAACAAAAACUGAAAAAAGUACAUCCCUGAUUAAAAAGAGUGAUCAAUUUUCUAAUUUGUUAAAUUUGAAAAUUCCUAUGACUAUAAAAUUUUUCAAUAAGAAAAGGUAGUUUUGUAUUUUACGACAAUUGCUAUAGAAAUAUUGUUGGUAUUUAAGUGAUAGUUAAAUGCAGUAAAUAUAAAUGACUGUAUAAGAAAUGAUUAAAAAAAAGUUUUAUUGCUUGAAGGCAAUAAUAUAAAAUAAUACUUACAGACACAAUGAAUAUAUUUUCAUUAAAUAUUAAAAUUGUGCAAUUUUCAUGUAUUUUUUUUAACUCAUUAUUUAAAUAUUGUGAACUAAUAUGAUUUUAAAUGUCAAUACUACUAUUUUAAAAGAGAGUUUAAUCAAUUGUUAUCAAUUACUGUUGUAAUCUAAUUUUAGUUUCCUAAGUGUAUCAUGGAAUUGAUACUUAAUAGAAUUUUGUGUGCUAAUUUUCAUGUUUUUGAAUGGCAAAUUGGUACAAUUUUCAAUUUGGCAAGAAAAAAAUAAUCUCUCUCCAGACUAUCAGUAUGAAUUUUUUGGUACCAGUAAUUAAAAUAAUACUUUUGACUAAUAAAACAUAAAUU